CCUUGGAUUCGCAGAUCGGAUUCAUCAGAGUCGCUGCAGAGCGCCGACCGACAUGUCUUAUUUACGGUGAGAAUCGACCCCGCGGUCCAGCUCAGCGGCCCCGAAUAAACAUCCAUCCCAAAGGCCCUAAAAUAGCUUGUCCAAUGGAUGAAGAUGCCAUUCCCCCAAACCCUUUCUGUAGUGCACUUCCCCACAGUGAACCUCCACCACCUCUCCUCCCCCUUUCCUCUGUCACUCCCAGCUGCACGAAUGAUGGAAUAUCUGGAGACAAGAGCAGUGGUCGUAUUCAGGGGUUCAGAGCUGAAACACCUAAAAAGCAGAGCACCACAGAUGGUGGAGCGACUCCGCCAACAUCUAGACAGAGUCCGUCCCCCAGCAAGAGACAAAGAGAGAGUGAAAGCAUGGUGCAAGUGUCCCAGUCCACGCAGCUGAUAGUGGAAAGCUCAGAAAACAAGGAUGGAUUUGAUUCUACUCUUGCAGCAGAGCCCCAAAACUCACAAAAGGACCAGAAAAGUUCCUCGGAUGAACCAAAAGUCUCUGCUGCAGAAAAUGUAGUCGAGCAGGCGGCUGACAACACCACAAAGAAUCUUGAUGCCUCUCAAUCUGAUAUAGGGUUAUGCCGGGGCUUGGCUGUUGAACACACUGUUGAAGAUGUCUCUGCCCCAAAGAGAUGGGUCAUCGGGCCGUUGUUUCAGUCACUCAAGUCGAAGAUGGCCAGUUUCACAGAGAUCGUCAUGAGUCCUGUUAAACUCUUCAGAGCUAAUAGUCCCCCACUGUCCAUGGACCACGGACCAGAAGGAACAUCCGAUGAUGAGCUGAGCAACAAGUUUCAGCCAGUAAGACAAGGUGACACUGGGAAUCAGGAGGCUGAAGUUCAUCAACAGAGGCUUAGUGAUGAAGACGGUGCACAAAAUGCGACCUGCAGCGCCCUUAAUUAUUCAAGAAAACUAGCGUUUGACAUCAACGUCUCUGAAGAGGCAGAUGAAUGUGCAAUAACUCUUACAGAAAAAAACUUGCCUGAUUCUGUGCCUUUGCAAGACAUUCCCGGACCCUGCAGCGUCUCAAAACAAGUUUCAGAAUCUGUUGGGUCAGCCGGCAGGUCAUCCACACUGUCGCAGGCCUCCCUCACUUUAAGUGCCUCGCAUGAAUCCAGUUUGAAGACGUCCAGCGUAGCGGAGGAGAAAGAGAAGCCAGCUGUACGUCCAAAACCACUGGCCAGAAAACGCGCAGGAACUAGAUCUGAAUCGAAGAAAGUUAUCUCCAAGCCUUUUAUAUGGGAAGUCAACAAAGAACAGGUCAGUGAUGAGCCUUUUUCUCAAAGGAGUUCGGUCCAAUCAAACAAAGCCGACUUUACUCAGUUGUCCUCUUCUUCCGUCCGUCUGCUUGACACGUACUGUCCUCAGCCUGAUGCUAAUAUCAUGGACAUUGAAAGUUGCAGCUCGGAGAGACAAAGCCUCUUGAAUAACUUAAAUGACAGUGCUGCUGGAAGGACACUGAAAUCCACGUUAGAAACUCGGCAGCUGGGAAAUCUGAUAAACCCUGACACCGAUUCAGCUGCAGGUGUUAGGCGGUCAAAGAGGGGACAGAAACUUUUUCAAGAAACAGUGAAGAGGAAAAAACUGAGAGAUUAUACAUGUUCAGAGGAUAUAAAAAACCAAGAGCCAUUACAGGUGGCUGCAGAGAGUGGAAUAUUAAGAGGGCUCAGGCCACCAAGGAAGGAAGUUGUGUUAACGAAUACCACUGUAGACGGGGAAGAAACACUGAAGCCUCUUAGGAAAAGACAGGCUGCAUCAACAAGAGCAAAUAGGAAAGGAAAGGUUGGAGAAGAAAUGCUUCCUGCAAUAAAUGAAGCCAUGUCUAACACACAGACUGAAAAUUCCCCUGAUGUUACGUUGGUUUGCUCACUGGAUAAAAGCAGUGGUGUGUCAGAGAAUCACCUAAAAGGCGGCAGCAGCAAGACAAAGCCUAGUUCAUGCAAAAGACUUAAAACAAGAUCAGGUUUUGGUAAACCUGACGUGAACACUGACAGUAUGGAUCUGGAAACCAUGGUGGCAAUCACCUCUACCAGACAAGUGCAGCCGGAGCCGCUUUCCGACGUUUUCAUCCAUCCUGAUAAAAAGCAGCUUCAGAGCAUGAGCAAGUGCAAGAACACAACCAAGAAACCACUAAAACGUAAAUCGCCAAUCCAGGCUAGUUCAACGACAGAAUCAGACAGCACUUUGGUCUCUAACUUAUCAAUACAAUCAGCUUUGCCCUUUGAACUCACACCCACAGAUUCUAAAACCUCUCCGCCCCCUCAGAGGGAGGAGAACUGGAAAACAGGACAGAACCGUCAGAGUAAAAGACCCAAAAAGGCUUUUAGAGGUGCUGUUAAAUCGUCUGGGUCAGGUGAGACCCAGGAGUCAAAGCAUUGUAUCGAUGACCUUCAUUUGAUAACCAAAGACUGCCGGGCUAAAGACGGCAGAGGUCAAAGCACAAUGGACCCAGUGUAUUUUGAAAUGACACCUUUUGAAAGUAAUCACCAACCCGAUUCUUCCCCAGCUCAGUCUCAUUGUCUUGUACACUUAAAUAAUGAAGUUAAGGAUUUCAUAAAGAGUACUUGUCCUGUGGCUGAUGAGGUUUUGCCCUCUGACACUGAAGCCAGUAAUCACUGCAGUGUCUCAAGAUUAAGGUCAAGUACAAGAGGAGCUAACAGUCAGUCAAGGAGAGCAGAUAACCAGAGGAGAAGGUGCAGAGUUUUGCGAAGUAGGACACAUAAAGGUGAAGAGAUGACUAACUCGAUCACGAUGGAGGAUACAGAUCUGGUCACAGGGGGUUCUCGCUCGGCAGAAGUCGAAAUCACAAGGGGCCUGUUGCGCAGCUACUCGUGCCCAGAGAUCCUCUCCCUCCACCCCUUUGACACGCCCUGGACAACUUCUGUGCAUUCUCCACAUCAUAGCAGAACUCACUCGUCCAAUCAGCACCAGUCCGCCCAUACCCCUCCCGUCCCUCACGCCAACAAGUUCCUUCGACGAGCUCGCCGACACACAGUCUGCAGCAUAGAGGUGGAGAGGGAGAUCGCUCCCUUGUGUCUUCGAAAGGAAGUGUACCCAUCCAGAAGGUCGGCCCCGUGUGACGGCGGCUACCCCUUUUAUAGUGCCACACAUUCUCCCAGAACAUCCCUCUCUGCUCUUGCGUCUUGUUUCCUCUCAAGUCCACUGGCCUUCCUCUCCAGGAAAGUUUGCAGCAGAGGAGCUGGUGCCAGCCCCAGCACUUCCUGUCACAUUUCCUCUCCCAUCUCCUCUUUGCUGACAUCCCCAGUGAGCUCCUUCUCAAGGCACCUUCCAGGAUUCCUUCAAAGAAGCGACUCCCCUCUUGCUAACUUGGAUUCUUGUAUCAGUGGAAAUCCUCUGGAGUGUGAGACUGAGAGGAGACAACAGAGUGAUGAGGAGGACGAUGGUGAAGACACAAGCUCAUCCAGUCACGAGUAUGAAGAUGUUGGGUUAAGAGAGGAAAAGGCUUUUUCUGAUUCUGAGAUCAAGGUGGUUCAAAAGCGAGAGGAACGAGGGAAGGUUUCAUCCAUCAGAAUUCGGAAAACGUUACCCAAACCUCAGAACAACCUGACACCCAUGGGCCUACCCAAACCCAUCAGGCUGAAAAAGAAAGAAUUCAGCUUGGAAGAAAUUUACACCAACAAGAAUUUCAGCAAACCCCCCGAAAGCCGGCUGGAGACCAUAUUCGAGGUACCUCUCAAUCGCCGGAAUGGCUCAGAGUCCUGGUUUGGCCAGAGACGUUUCAAACGCUUUUUAGAGUUCCUGGAGGUCGGUGAAGCCAGAAAACCAAAGAGGCCGCUAGUUGGUGUCGGAAAGGCCACGAGUUCAUUUUCCAGGACGAGACGAGGGGCCUUCACAAAAGACGAACCCUCACUCAGUGUGCAGGACGUGGACUCACUACUCUGUGGCAAGCUGGAUCAGCUGAAUUUGUGGUUGAUACAUGAUGAUGAGAGAGAGACACCUGACUGAAUACCUUUUUAAAAUGGCGAUACAUCUUUUAAAAAGUCAAAGCUGUGCUGUUCAUAAGACUUUUUCUAAUGUAUUUUCAACAUGGAGAUCCACAUGCGAGUCUUUCAGCACAAUCAAUGUUUAAAUGUGGUUGUUACAUGUUACUACUGAAGAAUGGCACUUUUCAUUCUUUGGGAUGUAGCCUGCAAUUUGAAGAACAAUCCGUCAUAGCACAAUAAAUGUAUUCCAUCCCUAAAGUUAUCAACAUACCAGUUAAACGUAUUAUACAAUAAACCGCUUUAUCAUUAUUAUAGCACUCAAACUCCUGCCGUCAACUUUCCCGGUUCGCCACUUUGGCUCAGCGAUAUUCUCGAUGUAAACACUUGUACAGUAACGCAGCAUUUUUCUCUCAGACUUUCUCCAAGAGCAUCACAAAUCUGCACAUCCUCCCUCCCUCAUCAUAUUUCUGUAACGCUGUCUGGUUCGAAGGGAGCAGUGUGGUGAAGAAGUGGUGUUGCAGCACAGUUGUAAGUUAUUUAUAAAGGCAGCUAUUUUUUUAGUUAAAUGCUGAAUAUAACUUUGAAACAUGCCAGCAAGAGAUUUGUUUUUAACCAAUUUUACAACUACGUUUCUGUAAAGUCUGAAUACAAAUUAAUCAAAUCGUUUUAUCCUGCUCAGGGCAGACCCUGUUUAAUUAUACAAUUAUUUGUGUUUGUAAAUUUAGGGCUGAAGAGAUUUUUGUUGUAUAAAAUGUAACAUGGAAACAAAUCAGGCCCCCAGAGAAGAUUUAUAGACAAGAGUGGAAGUAUCCAGAUUCAACUGCUGAUUGUCUUUUUUUUACCUGUGGUUCUCUCUGGAUUGUUUUCUGGUGUCUAUAUUUGUAUUGCAAAUGUAACUUCUUGACAAAUUGCCUAUAUGUGAAAUUUUUCUCCUGCCAAAUUAAAAUGAAGUUGCCUUAACUGUAAGAUUUUGUUGAAAUAGAUGUUUUGUAGGCAUAGGUUUUUGCAAAUGUGGCUUUUUUUUAGGAAGGCACGUCAAGGUGUUUCAAGCAAAUCAAGAGCACUUACGUUGGACAUUUUUAUUAUAAAAUUGUUACAUGUUUGUAUAUGGUACAGCAUAUUGAUACAUUAGAUAUUAAUAAAGUUAAUACGCUUACAAUGCAAUAAUGCCAAGAUAAUGUUGGUGCAACAAGAGCAGGGUCUCCUCUUAUGUUCUGACGAAGCACUGCCAGGGUCUCUGCCUUCUAGAACAGACCCAAUCCUCCAUCAAUACGUAAGUUUGUAAUGAGUGUUCAAUUGUAACUGCAUUUAAAAUAUUAAAGGUUGGGUCGCUACUGACGAAUUGUAAUGUUUGAUGUACUGUAUGUAUCAAGUUGUUUCAUGUCUCAAACUAUCAGCAAUGUUGAAUUUUCUAUUGUCAUUUAGAGUGGUCUAAGUGGUCUAAAUAUUGAAUAAAUAUUUCAGCGUGUAAGAAAA